GGCUCUCAACUUUACACCUUUAUACUUUUUUAUAUAGACAAUACUCUUUCAAUUUAAAAAAUGGCAUUCACGUAUUUCCAAGAUCUUAACCGAAGACUGCGCCAACCAGGCGGUCCUCCCUACUACUUUCGCAUCGCCAACAUAAUCGUCGCAAUCCUAAUGAUCAUAUCAGCAAUCGUCUUUUUCAUCUGGGCAAACUUUAUGCAUUAUAUUUGGCCUUUCAUCAUCAUGUUUGAGCUGGCAGAGCUGGCCUGGCUAACACCCUAUGUGCAGUUCAUGUUCACUUGGCGCGGACGAGGGUUAUUUUACGUUUUCAUAGGGUGUUUGACUUUGGGAUAUAAAGCGCUUGGGUGGGUUUUCGGUGCCAUCAUUACAGCCAUUGGCGCGGCAUACGUUGUUUUGUCGUUUACUGCUAAAAAGAACGAGAGCUAUGUGAGCAAUGUGGUUUCAGGAAGCAAUUCUGGGAGCGAAAUGUAUGGUGAUCAGGGAUCAUAUCCGACACUUCAGCAGCAGCACAAAGACCCGCUGGAUGCGCAACAUAGUACCCAGAAUGCCUAUCUGAGAUCUCACCAGCAGCAGCAGCAGCAGAAGGAACAGAAUUUGAAUCCGUUGAAUAUGCAGUAUGAAUCUCAUAAUGUGUACUCGAUGCAGGGACAUACUGACGAUGGACAGCAGUACCAUGCUCCGUUAACUAACCCGACACAAGCGUACGAUCCGACAGCAGCGGCAAACAACGUUUACGCGCCCAUUUAAAAUUAGGAUAUCUACUGCUGUAAUUUUUUUCUAAAAUAAAAUAAUUUUUAUGUUGAUG